AUGAAGGUUCCUGCUACCAAUCAGUUCCAAUUUCAUGAUGUGUGGGUUUCAGAGGUCAAGAAUCCAUGUACCAAGCUUUGGUAAGCUAUUUUGAAUUAUUUGAUAAUUUUGUCACAAUCAGAAUUUUAUUACUGCAGAAGAAAUGUUUAGUCUUACAGUAUUAAAAUUCCCUGGGGUGGUGGGGAUGGGAGGGGGACCACUGAAUGGUAGGGGUUUGUUGCCAAAAGGCCUUUAUCCUACUUAAACAAAAAACUAUUCUCUUCACUUCCCUGUUUAAGAUAAGAAAACUCAUUUCAUGACCCUGAUCCAUUUCCUUAAACUGGCAUCAGGGGAUUAGAUUAUAAUAAUAAUAAUAAUGGAAUCACACUUGUAGACUGUGGAUCUCCAAAUAUUCACACCCUGUUUAAGUAAGGGUCCGUGUAAGAACUAGGCAAAAGAACAAUAGGCCAGAGCAAUAGCGGCAGUUAUUUUUUAGGUGCUAAUUUCUCUAAUCAAAUUAAAUUUGAAUGCUCUGAUUGGUCAAGAGGGCAAAAAGCGCAAAGUUUGAAUUUUAGAAAUGAAUUAAGAUAGCAAAAGAGUCAUUCAAACAACUUUUUAUUUUGUUUACUGCUUUGUAUGUUGAAAAAUAUAACAUAAAAUUUAGAGGGUUUCUAUGGCCAAACCCAAGCAAAGUUAAACUGAUAUAAAAUUACAUGAAAAUGGCACAGGAAUAUAUCAAUCAGCGACCUUGUGAAAGACAGUUACUUCGGUUCUCACAAAGGAAAUGACAAAACCGUGAUCGGAAACAGCAGUUCUUCAAGCUCACAUGGCGAAUGUGCCAAAGCCACGUGUUUUAUUUUGCCACCAUAAGGAACAACAAUUUCAUCAAAUCAUGUCGAAGGGUUAUCCUAAUGGCCCGCAUUUAAAGAAAAAGACGAUUGUCCGUACAGAAAAAAAUUGACAGAUGUUCGGAGAAUUCGGUUUCAGAAGAAGCUCUCUUCGCAGUCUUACAUGGUAGAUAUAUUUUUAGUCUAAAUAUCUCCACAAAACCUACUUUCGUUCUUAGAAAAAGUAAAGGCAACAGUUACAGUCAAACUUGCAUGAUCUUGCAUCCUGGGUAACACUCAAAACUAGUGAGAACUACAUUUGUAUUAUAAAUGAUAACUAAUCGGCUGCCGUCUUACAACUGUUGCGAAAUUACAAUCACAAAUUUCAAUUCAUUCGUCUUAAGUUGCACUUAGUUCAAUGAAACAGUCGAGAAAGAAAACAAAUCGAAUUAAAGAAGAGUAAAGAUACACAGAAUACUGACAUUUCGAAAAGGACAAAGUAACAACACAGUCACAUCAUGCGGAGAUGCAAAAAUUUAUUGGGUUCAGCUUACCUCAAGCUCACUCAGGCGGCUUCACAUCGCUUUAAGAAAUUUACUUUAUUUCUGUAUAAAGAACAAAUCUAUGGCUUCUACUCUUUGUGCCCAGCUAUUUUCCACAAUUACUCUGAAUCAUCACUGAAUCAAAGCGAUCUCCUCUUGACAACAUAAACAACUGCUUCAGUCCUACUUGUCCACAUGGCUACUCGACAACAUGUUACUGCAAACGCUGCUGCAGUAGCACUUUCACGAUCACUCCAAUGAUAAAAUACAUUGAAUAAAAGCAAUAAACAAUCAAUAAAGGGAAAUAUGUACUGUAGAUUUAAGCGAUGAAAUUGACUAUAUUUCUUCAGGUAAAAGAAAAAUUUCCUCAUAUCUCAAAUAUCAUAUCCAAGAUGGUUUACAACAAGGUCACGCGCGUGUGGCGCGUUUUCCACUCUUACUUUUGAUUGGCGCAUAGAACAAUGCUUAAACUUGGCCGUGUCGAGAGGUAAACGAUAGAAGAAUGGGGAAAAUAAAGCUAAAAAUGUUGUUUUUGUCACGUUUCUCGCUGUUUGUUUGGCAAUUUUUUAAUUUCGGUCAAUCAGAACCCUUGAUUUAAUUGAAAUUAAUGAUUAAAAGUUAACAACUUUAAUCGAUAUUUUUGCCAUCUGCCUGCCUAGUUUUUACACAGACCAUGACUUAAAGUUCAAGUUUAAUAAAAGACACCCUGUUCAAGAUGCUAAAUAGUGAAAUUUUAUUACUUGUUUAAGAUGUACAUGUAAGACUCCCGUAAACCCUACCCUGUUCAGCAGAACAUGCCUGUUUAGGCUAAAUAAAUGAGGGAUGUCUACCCCUCCCCCCUGGGGAAUGUACACCUCAUUAUCCUCCAGACAGUGGAGACCAGGACUCCCCUUCUUCUGUCAGCAUACCCAUGGAAUAAAUACUCUUUUGAAAAAAGCAUUAAUGCUCAGAAAGUUGGAAUGGAAAGAAGUUAUUCUUGUGAAAAAUUCACCUUUAAAAAGAAUUGACCACUCCAGAAACACCAUAACAUACCAUAAUACUCUUUGUUUGUCACCCCAAAAUUUUGCAUAAGCAUUGUCUUCAGUUUCUCUUGGGAGUUAAAAUGGCCCCCAAGAGAAACUGAAAACAAUGCUUUUGCAAAAUUUUGGGAUGACAAACAAAGAGUAUUAUGGUAUGUUAUGGUAUUUUCUGGAGUGGUCAAUUAGAUUGUUUAUAUGUAGUUGUAAUGCAAAUUAAGUUACCCUGAAAGUGCCAGCCCACUUAUCACUACUUUAUUUAGAUCUUACCUUUUGGGUUUUUAUUUUGGUGGUUUUUGAAAUUUUUGUGGUUUCCAUCAAGAUCCACACACGACUGUAAUAAGUAAACCUGACCACCCCCCACUCCCCCCUCCCUAGUAAACACAUUGCUGAAAAAAAUGUGUCCUCCACAACUGUAAUAACUUAGAAAUAUAAUACAGUAUUUAUUUUGUUGUAUGUGAAAUCUGUUCUCUGGUUAAACCUGGCCCCAGUUGUUCAAAAGGUAGAUAACUCUAUCCACUGGAUAAAUCUCUAUCCACUGGAUAGAAAUUCAUCUAUAGCACUAUCCAUUGUUUGAACAACCGGGGCCAGGACUAUAAUAUUAUUUUAAACCUAGUUUGGUUCAGAAUUUCCUUUCUUUCUUAGCCCGUAUUAAUCAUACAGACAGUGUGUAGGAGACAGUGAAAUUCUGGUUUACCCUGAGAACAGAUUUUACCCACAACAUUUUCAAAUGUUGGUUUACCUGUAUUUUGACUCAAAUAAAAAAUAUAAUGCAGUUGUUAAGAUUUAGAAGGAGAGAAACCAGACUGGACCAAUCCCAAAAAUUAGUUAUUGCAAAUUACAAAAAAUCACCAAUCCACAAAUUUUAUUGCAAAAAUCAAACUCCCACAAAAAGAAAGUGUCAAAAUGGUACUUGACAACAUUUAUUAUAUAUUAUUUACUACAUGGUACUUUCUUUGUCUUUUCCAAUGUUGUAGUGAUCGUGUCUGCGGUGUUAAACGAUUUUUAGGAUUCCUGUGAUGUCCAGGCUGAUGGAGGUAAGAAAAAGUCAUUAUCCCGAUCUGUUAGCUAUAGUGUUGGUCAAAUGAACAGAAGGUUAAUUUUCUUGGUAUCUUACAAGUUGUAAGGUUUGAGGUGUGAGAAGUUCUAGUUGUGUUUGUGACUGUUGGUGGAGGGAUGUUAAUCAUGUCAGACUCUGGAACAGGAGAGGUCUGAUUUGAGCCUCCUCUGUUCCAUCUCUUGAUUUUUAUUCAACUCUGAAAAAAACCAGCAAAGCUGAUUUUGCUGGGUUAUCAUUAUGCAUAAGCGAAGAAACUUUUCCCGUUGGGUGGGGUGGGGGGAUUAAAGGAAGUUUGGUUGGGUCUCUGCUGCUAAAACCCUUCAAUUCUGACCUUGUUUAAGGCAAAAUGUAUUCAAAUGGCAACUCUGUUUAUGAUGGUUAAUAGUGAAAUUGAAUAUUUUUUUUAAGAUUAAAGAUCCCAUAAACCUCUAUCAUGCAGAGCGGUCCAAAAAUUUACUGAUUGAACCAAACAUGGAAGUCCCCCCAUGACCCAGUGUAUGUGUCCAUCUGUAAACUCCCAAGGGAACCAUUUUCCAUAUAUGGAGACAAGAAACAAUGCAUUUGUUAAUGAUGACAUAUCAUCAAGACAUCAUGACUAAUUUCAGUUGUGUGUGUGAUAGAUUAAUACUGUUUACCCAAAAUGUGCAGAAACAUACAUGUCCUUGUCGACGGUUUAAAGUUUUCAUGCUAAAGAUCAAUUUCACUACAAAAUAGUUCAAAAGCAAUACUAAAUAAAUUGUCGGUGAUUCUAAUAAUGCAUAAUUAAACAUUCCUUUCGUACGUUACCAAGCACAAAUUUUAAGACAGAUAAUAAUACACCUAUAAAUGUAUUCUGAGUAUUUUUUCUGUCGUUUUGUGUUUUCUCCUUUUAUUCAACAGGCAUGAUCUGUAACAUGUAAAAUAUGAAACGUGAUCUAUGACGUCAAAGAAUUAUUUCAUAGAAAACUACAGAACAACUAGUGUCAUGAUCUCAAGAGAUUGUGUGAACUACAGGAAUACAUAGUUUUUCAAAAAUAUAAUAAAUUUAACUUUAUUAUUUUUUAAAGGGGGUAAUAGACUUAAGCAAAAAAAAUUGAAUUGUAAUUGUCUUGUCCACUUGUCCCUCAGAUAAGCACUGGAUUAAAUUUGGUUGUCCAAAAUCCAAGAUUUCUUGUCCAAAACGUUUUGUCAGGUUCUUAAGCCAAGUGGAGCUCAUAAAAAGAAAUGGAAUGGCCCCAUUAUAGCAAAGCUAAAAGGAAUAUUUACCCUUAUUUUGUCAAGUAUGAGAAUUGCUUUUAUGAUUAAGAUAAAUUUCGAUUCUACUGUAAUUUGAAGUCAAUUUAUUUAAAAAAUGUCUCUGUAUUUUUUCUACUUAAAAAUGUGCUUGUCCCAAGUACAAUAUUCAUGUCAGAGGUUUACAUGUCCAAACCAAAAUAAUAAUUUCUACCUGUCCGGGACAAUCAGACAGAGGUGUUGGUGCACCCUGUAUUAGUAUUUCUUUAUGAGCUUUAAAUUCUAAAUAUCUGGUAAAAAGGUAUCAUUAUCAGACUUAUUAAAAAUCUAAUAUAGAUUUUACUAACAACAUAAUUUUUUCCAAGUUUUGCGGCUCACAUCCACUUUGAUCUUAGUCAAGAAACUAUUUGUCACUUUGCCUAUCCUCUCACAGGUCUUUAAUUUUGUGUAUUCUUUUUUAAACUGGCUACAUACCAUUGGGAGCAAUGCUGUGAUGGACUAGUAUCCCAUCCAGGGUGGGGUGGGGGAAGUUGGGCUGUGAAUAGUUCUUAGCAAUUCACGAUACUCAAACCAAGAUAAUUGCUGUUGCUGUGUGGGCUUCAAUGGCUUGUUUCAACCCUUUAAGCACCAGUAUCCACAUACAAAUUCUCCAGACUGAUCUCAAUGCAUUCCUUAACCCUUUAAGCCCUAAGAGUGAUCAGCAUCAAAUUUCUCCUUGUAGUAUCACUUCUUUAUAAAACACAGUGGUCAUGAGAAUUGAGGACCUGAUCACACAAGAUGAAUCUAAUUGAUACUUCAACAAAUUCUCCCCACUACUUCUAUUGAAAACAAAUAGGGACAACAAAUGAGAAUUUGAAUUUUGAUAUUAGACUUCAAAGGGUUAAAAGAAUUACAUAUAGUUAAAAGAAUUUGAUUAACAAUUAAAGCAUUUUCACUAAGUGAUCAUUUUAUUCAUUUCAUAUCAUUAAAUUAGAAGUUUACGUACAUGUACAGUAGUUCACACCUCAUAGUGUGGUACAUGCGUACUGCACUGUUGAAACCCUCUUAGUAACGUGCAUCAUGUUUGACCUUUCACCCUGUAAGUUGUCUCUGUCCCCCUCCCUUUCAAUCAUAUGAAUAAAUCAUACUGGACCAGUCCAUGUCAUGUGUUACAGUACAUAAUUAAUUAAUACAGUCUAUCAUUUAAGAAUAAAAGGGGAGGGGAAGGGAGGGGAGGGGGAGGCUUAAAAGAGAGCGGGGGCUUAAUAACUUUCUUCCCCUGAAAGGCGGGGGGGGGGCUUAUUUGGCAGGGGGUGCGGGGUUAAUAGAGGAUUUAUGGUAUCGCGGGGUUUUCAGUGUCAUGCAGUCAAAAGUAAAAUUGCAAACCAUUCAAUACCGAAAGUCGAGAAUCUAGGAGAAACGUUUUACCUAAAUUUAUAAAGCUUUGUAUGGAGACGCCAUGUUUGUGUCCCUUGGAGGGGCACAAAUAUGGCUGCCGGAAACCAACAGAAACAUCUGUUUUUGAGUUUUCCUACUAGUGCAUGAAUUCAUCGCUUGAGAAAGUCAUAAGGAUUAAAGUGAUAUUUAUUCUGAGACGAGCAAUGUGUAGAUAGCAAAAUCUCCUAAAAUUGGUAAUGUUUUUAACCCACAUAAGAGCCUUCCCGGCCGCCAGCUAAAUGCCGCGUGACGCAAAAGCCUAGAAAUUUAAACGUCCUCUAUCGCAAAAUGAAGAACCCUUUCGAACCAAAACUUUGUUUAAAUAAAGGUGUUUAGGUGCUGUAAUGCCUCAUGAAACUCAGAAGAAUCGAUGGUUUCUUAAUUUGAAUUUUUGGUGACGUCAUGUGAAAACUGAGAAUACAUAUAUAUGAGACACCACAGGUAGCCCAAUCUCAAAAAAUGUCCGGCAUGUUUUUCUAGUCAGUUUUUUCAAGUGCACUCGCUGACAGAAAAGCAGUAGAAGACAAUGCUCAAUUAAAGUUUGUUAGAACUUACUUCAGUCAAACCUCUUUAAUACGGACACCAAAGGGACAGAACCAACUGUCCGCUUUACAGAGGUGUCCGUAAGGAGAGUUUAGACUGUAUUAAAAAUGUUUAAAUAACCUGAGAUCAGGCUCUGUUUUCGUUUCUCUUUGUAAAUAACAUUCCGGCGGGCAAGGCGAAACGAAAAGUGAAUUUUAGCGGGACUACGUAGGUGAGAAUGUAUGAGAACUGCUAAAAUUGAGCCUGAUCUCAGGUUAACUUUUUAAUAAACCCUUUAAAAAAUUAAUGUCACUCUUCUUUUAGGAAUUGUCAUCCUUUCCUAGCACAGCCUCUACAUCACAGGAAGACCAUGAGAGCAAUUCAGAAUCCACUUCCUCAAGGAAAUUGAGAGUAACUCUGUUAAGCAGUGAAUGGAGAUCAACAAAAGGAGGCUUGUCAACCAUCAACCGAGAGCUGGCCAUUCAGUUGGCAAAACACCCCAGCGUGGAUGUCAGUGUUUAUCUCCCUCAGUGCAGUGAAGAGGAUAAACGAGUUGCUGCAAGUCACAAUGUACAUCUUAUUGAAGCAGAAGAAAUGCCAGGUUAUGACAACCCAGUAGACUGGUUGUCCUUUCUUCCUGAAAGCCAUUCUGUCGAUUGUGUGAUAGGACAUGGGGCUGUUCUUGGUCGGCAAGUGCAGGGUAUAAAACGUCAGUGUAAGUGCCAGUGGAUUCAGGUCGUUCAUACGGCUCCUGAAGAGCUUGGUAUGUACAAGUCCUACGCAGAUGCUAUUUCAAAAGGUGAGAAAAAGCACCAGGCUGAGGUAAAACUCUGUGAAAAAGCUGAUCAAGUUGUAGCAGUUGGUCCCAAGCUGGCUGAAGCUUUCUCAGGUUAUCUCCGUGCCUGUGGAAAAGAUCAAGAUGUUCUCAACAUUACCCCAGGCAUCUUCUCAGAGUUUUCUGAUGUAAAGCAAGCCACUGAAGAAAGAAAAACAUUCAGUGUUUUAGUGUUUGGACGUGGUGACAAUGAAGACUUUCAGCUGAAAGGUUAUGACAUUGCUGCUCGUGCUAUUGCAGAGUUGAAAGACGAGCCACAGCCCUAUAAGCUCUUGUUUGUUGGAGCUCCAAGUGGAGAAGAGGAGAAAGUGAAAGAUUUGUUACUCCAUCAAGGCAUCGACCGCAGUCAACUAACUGUGCGUUGUUUUAAUGAAAGUAGAGAGCACUUAGCCCGUUUGUUUUGUGAAGUUGAUCUUGCUGUAAUGCCAUCACGAACUGAGGGAUUUGGGCUAGCCGCCCUUGAGGCUUUAUCUGCUGGUCUGCCUGUGCUUGUCAGUGGGAACUCUGGUCUUGGCGAGGCCUUAAAGGAAGUUCCGUAUGGUUCAAGUUGUGUGGUGGAAUCGGAAGAUCCUAAAGAUUGGGCCAGUGCAAUCAAAGCUGUUCGGAAGAAAAACAGGAAGCUGCGACUAAGGGAGUCUAAAGUUCUUCGAGGAGAAUAUUCAGAGAUGUACAGCUGGCUGGAUCACUGUAAUAGACUUGUAGAACGAAUGCUUGCCAUUUCUCAAGGUAACAUGUUUACAUUGUAAACUGGUUUUUGUGGUAUCCGGCAUAAUCAAGCUCGAGAAAAGUGCUAUCAGCCGAACUAAAAACCAAGGCUGAUAACACUUACCAAGACCUUAAUUAUCCCGGAUACCACGAAAACCGAAUCUAAUAAUUGUUUUAUUAUAAAUUGUUUUGAAGAAAAUAAGGACAGACACAGCAUCGCCUUAAAUCAUGCAUUGUGCGCGCAAUAACCUACAGAAGUCGCUAAUCUGAUAGCAGAUAACUAACUAAUCUGUAGGUUGCGCUGAUUUCUAAAAUUAACUGUAGGCUCUUAGCAAAUAAGAAGACAGCUACUGUGUGCAAUGUAUAAUAAUUCAAUGUAAUUCAAAUAAUUGGUCUUUGUGUUGUGUACUGUUGGCCUUAGGAAAUUUAUGUAAGGUCAUUCACUGAACUAUAAUGACAACAGUGAUGAAAACCUCUCAAUAUCAAAUUAUCUUUUCUCUUUCUGAACUUAGGAUGAGAUCCCUACCCAAAGAAGUCCACCCACGUUUGACAAAUUGAGAGAGCUGGAAAAAUUCGCGAAAACUUUGAAAGAACGCAAACUUAAUCUCUUAGUUUUACUUUUCUCGUGACGUCCCUACUGCCGUUAACUUUUAAAUGUGGUUACUUCAGCUACUUACUGUAGUAACAGUCCAAAAGCAAUAGUCUCUCUUAGCAGAAACAGUAAGAAUCAUCGUAAAUUUUACCUCACUUGUAAGCCUGAUAGAUUGGAUAUUAGAUUGGAUUAGGCUUGCAAAAUUUUCCUUAAAAAGUACAGAAAAUUUUUGAAAUUUAAAAAUUACAGUCGUUCCAGGGCAUUUGGUUGUUUGUUGUUGCGUCAAAAGUUCAUUUUCAGGAAACAGUGCCGACCGCGAUUUAAGACAGUUAAUUUCCUUGUUAUUUUUUAUAAUUGACGAUGUUUAAAUAGUAAUAAUUAGUAACAACUGUACCGUUCCUGAUGCUUUGAAGUGAAGAAUAAUAAAACUGUGUUACUACACUUUUUGUAGGUCCCAAUACAGAUGAGCAGAAUUCAUCUAAGAAAACCGCUGUCAUCUGUCAAGUUGAAAAACCCCCUUCUUCUGAAAAACGUCUUCACAAAGGUAUUCUUUAAUCGUAGAUGAACAAUGAAGAUCAAAUCGUUGCUUUUCUUGUAGAAAAUGUACUGUACUCUAACGAGAGCUUAUUAAGUAUUCCUUGCCAGGAUGGUAAUGUAACAAGGAAUGAUAAAAAGCACUGAACAAGACUCGUUUAAAAGGAGUCAAAAUUCGUUAUCAUUGUGACAGAUUACCUUCGCCAGUUGUCGACAAAUACGACUCGUUUCAGGUUUUAUAAAUGAAGUUAAAUGAAAUUUAACGCAGUUAACAACAAGGAGAGCGGUUACGUGUUGUCGGUCAGCGGUCAGUGCAUGGUGGCUCAAGAGCGGUCAGCCUUGCUUGCAUCAUCUCCAUCUCCAUAUCUACAGCGUUUCCCGGCGGCCUCUCUCUUUGUUUGGCCUUUGGAUCAUUCUUUUCAUUCUUUUACCCCCAUCCCUCCCCCCCCCUUUAUUUUUCCUCUGAUGAAUCAGUGUGACAGGUGCCUGGUCCCAUUGGCGUGGGAGCUCAUGGCUGGAAGGCGCGGGUUUACCAGGGGCUCGCCUGUUCCAGACGUUCAGUUAGUAGAGUGCGGUGUUCGGAUGAUGGGGAGCGUGUUAAAUCGUACGCGGAGAAAACGAGGGGGAAAAAACGAGGGGAGUGUGGGGCGAGUUCCCUCCCUUUUUCCUCUCUAGUCUCUCUAGUCCGUUUUUUUUCCUCGUCAAUUUUUUUACCGCGCUCUACUAUCUGAAUGCUUGGAACAGGCUAACCAGGGGCUGGCUUUGCCAGAAGUGGAAGCCCCUGGACAAAACAGGCACCCACCUCCACUAAGCGAUGCAGUUGCUAAAGAGACUUGAAAUAUUUCUUAAGAGUGGCUGUCUGUAAGGAUCGAGAAUCGGCGGUCAGCGACCCAUUUGGCGAAUCCCUGAUAUUUUGCCCAAAGUUAGUCUUGGGUAGACUGUUUUCAAAAAUCAUAUUCAAAAGUUCCAACGAUUUUGUUUAUUUGGGAAAUUUGAGAAAAAUUAAAAGUGCAGUCAAAAUGCGGUCCAAGUGCGGUUUUUUGGUUGAUCAAAAGGUGCGAUUACCGUAUUUAUUCGAAUAAGCGCCCAACCUCGAAUUAGCGCCCACCUCGAAUAAGCGCCCAUCCUAAAGGCAGAAAAAGUUAAUAAGCGCCCAGCCUCGAAUAAGCGCCCACCCCCUCCUCCUCCCAAUCAAACUCAAAUAAGCGCUCACCCCCACCCCACCCACUUGAGUGAAUAAAUUUUAAUGAGAGACUUCCCCGAGGACGGAGUUUUCUUCAGAGUAUUUUACAGAAGCCUUGCUUUGUUACUUCUUCGCGUUUUGUUAUUAGCAUUUAUUGUUUUGUUGCAAAAUAAACAUACUUCACUUGCUGAAAAUGGUGAAAAUUUAAUAAGCGCCCAGCCUCGAAUAAGCGCCCACCUCGAAUAAGCGCCCACUCUCAAGGUCCAAAAAUUUAAUAAGCGCCCAGGGCGGUUAAUCGAAUAAAUACGGUAUAAACCUCCGCCGAAGUCUUAAAAUGAAAUCAGUUGACCUCAAAAUAAAAAUAAUUUCAAAGCAAGAAAUCUUCUACUCUACCAAUGUUUUAAUCUUUUCAAAUAUGAUAAUACAAUGGUUUUUCAGGCCAUUUAGAAAACAUCUUCAGAGACCUCUUUCCAUGGCGGCAAAAUGUAGCUAAUAUUCAUCAGGAUAAAAAUGUUCCUGGUAUGUCAGUUUUUAACAAUUAAGCAUUACAGAGCUAAAAUAUAGGUCUUAAAGAUUUACCAAGUAAAGUUUCAAGGUCGAACUCGGAACGCUUCCCUUCGAAGGAAUCGAAAGUCUGAGCAAUAUCAACGUGCAAAAUGGCGCUGGCUUUAUAACAUACAUCCUAUGCAUCUAACAUUAUAGUUACAAUCACUUGCGUUAAAAUAUCAAACUAAAUUUACCUUUGACAAUUUUAAGUUUGCCGCUUAUAAAAAUAUCCAAGAGCUCAUAGGAGACACAUCCAAUGCUUUGAACAGAUCAGUUUGAUGUAGAUAGUCCGCUUUGGUUAUCGCAAGGUAAUGUAAACAAACGUGAUAAAUCAGUUAAACUAGCCGCCUUUGUGUCAAACUAUCCACCCAGGACGUUUUCCUAGAUAUUUAUCGUUCUGCCAGCUUUCUUGAAUGAAAUAGUAAUCGUGUGACUUUAAAAAAAAACGAAGGUAGUUUGCUGGAAAGACCGUUGAAAAUAGUUAUUACCGCGACAAUAGUAAUAACCGGCAAAGUGCCACAUUAUAGAUAUAGGCGGUAUUUAAUCAUAAAGGCAGAAACAACGUUGCGGAAAGCCAUUUUCCAUUACAGGGAGAGUUUGAAUCCACGUUAGUUUUCACAAUUUCAAACGGUUUUUGUUUUUAGUAUCUGAAACACGUGAAGCGUACAUGUGUCAAGAAAUCGAAACAAACGGCAUCUGUCAGAAUAAACCGUGCGUUGAUAUUCGAGUCCAGUACAUGUAACGCAAUUUCAGUUGCCCUCUCCCACCCAUCCAGCGUGGUCUAGAAACUUAAACAAGUUAAUUUUGCUCAAAUUAGUAUUUUUCUAAAACGAAGUAUUAUUUUGAGGCUCCGGUAGGAAUAAUAAUAUUAAAAAAAACAACAGCAAUAACAAUAACUUACCACCCGCGGGAUAAACGUUUUGACCUGUUAUCAGGAUGGGGGUGGGGAAGGAGUACGUUUAGAAGUAAAAAUUUUUCGCAGGGUAUUUUUCAAAGUAAGAUCUUUGUUUUAGGUCUUGCUAAACGCAGUUAUAAAAUAAAUUUCAUUACUACAUUCCGGUAGGGGAGCUUUCUUUGAUAUUGUUUUUUGUUUUUGUUUUGUUUUGUCAUUGACUCUCAGACUUGGGGAGGAGGAGGUAGUCUCUUACUUCCUGUCGAGGCGGCUCUGAUCGCAAUAUUCUCAUUACGUAAGCGGCUUUAGUUCAAACCCCAAAACAGUUCCCUUCAUUUUCAUAGGUGCUGCUACAGCUGCGGUCGUUUUAGAAUUUUAAACCCUAGGCGAUAGGUACCAACCUAAGAGAGGGAACCUGGGAACUAGGUUGUAAAAGGUACAACUAGAACCUUGGCAAUUUUUUGAGGGAGUACCCCUUCUCCCCGUUUUCAACCCGUUUUAUCAAACUGGUUGCCGCUAAAACACUUCCAGGAAGCUAUUAAUAAAAGAGUUACUUUCGGCAUGUGCACUUUUUGGUUAUUUCCUCUAAGAGUGCCAAGUAUGGAGCCUUCUUGCGCACAUGCGGGACAGGUGCAUCAAGGCAGAGAUCCUCGCACAAGCGCUGAAGCAUCGGCAGCUUGAGGACUUUCAAGUUACCACUGAGCGCCAUCUCACACAGGUUAUACUGAUCGUAUACCAGAGGAUGGUUGAACUGAAUGGUUUCAACGACCUCCUUCGCUGCACUAAAGUUAGCUUCCUCUUGAGAUGCCCGCAUAUCGGCUUUUCUCGUAGUGUAGCGCUUUUCCUUGAGAAGAAGGACGCAAUCUGCAAGCUGGUUAGGAACUCUGAGGACUGGUAAAGUUGCACACCAUCUGCUCCACGGGCGCGUCGCAUUUCCCUGACCACAACCUCGGCGUCAAGCUUGCAAGCGCCUUUAUCCUCGGCGAAGGGUGGAGCGUUGUGGGAGCCCCGCUACCGUACUGUAAGCGAUGCAGGUUGACCAAGCUAUAGCGAUAUCUAGUUAAGCCUGGUAUAAAUCUUGAAGUAUCAUUGAAGCUGGCAACGCUUGACAUCAUAGACAAGAUCUGCCUUCUUGUAUCCCACCCUUAAGCUUUACCAUAUGCCUCUGCUAAGGCCUGAAGAUAAUUCUUGGACGUUUGUGAUAAUUCAUCGAGUUUAAGAGCUUUGUUCAUGGCAGGGGACGAGACGACCGCUAGCCAAAGAGAACCUGCAUAAUUAGGUGUAAGAUCUUGUAGGACUGAAGAAAAGAUCUCCACUGUCCUUUUGGUGUAUCUCUUCUUAGUGCCCUCUCCAGCUUUAUCCCAUUCCAUCCAGGGCUGAGUUAUUGGCGGGAUGUUCUUCGAAACCAGAUAUUCGUUCAACUUUUUGCGAGGUUCUUGCAUAGUGGUUGGGGCCUCGUCUCUCAUGGAAGAAACAAGACUUCCAGUAUCCGGACUUAGGAACGUCUCAUCAUCUCGCUCUCUUGACGAUAUCUCCAGCCUCUUCAGUUCAGUUGCAAGGUCAUCAGACGAUAACUCACGACUAGUUGUUUCUGCACUUGAACGGCCUGUUUCCUCCUCUACCUGAAACAGUUCAAACAAAUAUAUUGUGUAAUGACUAUAAAGCAUGAUAAAACGCUUAUUUUGUUUUAUUUUAUUCAUAAGCCAACACCCACACAAACCCGUUAAGAAGGAGAGAAAGAAAUGAAAAGAAAUCCCCUAAAGUAAAAAAGGAUUAAAAAUGAAAUGAAAGAAUGAAUGAUGAAUGUUUUUUUGAAAGUAAAACAUUUCAUACCAUCGUUAAAGUAGCCACUUAAACGAACCAUUUACACUAGUGUUUCUUAUUACUACUUACCAACAAAUGGGGCUCGGGUAACUCUUGCAGGUGUGAGACCUCGGGGACGGGCUCCACCCCACCUGAAGCAAAGACUAGAGUUUGGUUUGGCAUGGCCUCUUUGCUGAUAUACUCGUUGCAUUGUUUACAAAUUGCUUUAAAUGGCAAAACAAAAUGAACAGACGAACAGAAAUUAAUGUCAAUAUACUGUAUAAAAAAAUGUAUUUAAAACAUACAUAGAAAGAAGACAACUUCCUGCCCGCAAGACCAAUAAUUUUGAAUGAGGACCGCAAGGUGUGCUAGGAUUACCCGCACCCCCAAGGCAAAAAUGACCCCUGCGUAAUACAAAAAAGGGACACGUGAUAAUUAGUACAUCUUAAAAACGCCUUUCCCUCUCCUUGCACGCUCUCUCCUCUCUUGUCACUGUCUCGUGGAAAUUUCUUACUGUUUCUUUAAUAGAGUGCUAGCAAACUCCUCGCCUUGUGUGCCACCUUAUAUGUGAUUCUUAACCGUAAAAAAUUACCAUUAUCUAACCAAUCUUCGCAGAAAAGUCUGCAACUUACGUGAUCCAACUGGAAUAACUGUGUUCGUGUUUUUGAAAAUAAACGCCGACUUCAAGCUAUCCACUCGGUGGCUCCCUUUAGCAGUUGUAGAUUUAUGUACCGCUAAUUCUUUGGGCACUGUACACAUGGUCUUCCCUGUCCUCCAGCGGAUGCCGAAAUCAGCCCUGUGCCUUGGACAAAUGCUCAAGGCAUAGUGAUGUUCUUCCACUGAGAAAACCCCUAAAAGGAGAAUGAUGUGUUGAGAAUAACCACCCUCAAGUGCAUGAUGAUAAAAAGAACAACGUAUGAUUAAAAAAAUAAUAUAGCUGAUAAAAAGACAAAAAUAUAAUAUUUUGGGAUAAAAUUUACCUGCUCUGGCUAACAGCAACUUUUUAAUCAGAUCCCAAACCCUCAUCUGCGCUGAGGUUUAAGGUUCGAUAAGGUCUCCAAAUGGCCAGUUACAUCUUUUGUUCAGUCUUUGAGCGCAAUACAUUCCAGCUGACCAGGAUAAUCUGCGGACUGACCGCAAGGUGUGCCCUUGGAAGGGGUGACCUUACCUAGUAGCGCUUUGUAGCUACAGUGAGCCAUUCAAGAAACGAAGAGACUGAGUUAAACAAGGAUAUAUGACCAACGCUGUAUUUUCAAACUGUUGCGAAAUGUUGUUGCACAAUAGCGACGGGUGUGCUCGUGCGCACGGUUGCGUGACUUUCUGAUAAAAUUUCCUGUGCGCCAAGCAUGCACGCAUUUCGAAGCGCUACAAAUGGAUCUGAAUAUGAACUUUGAAGCCUCUGAUGUGUUUUUACAGAAAGUUUGCAAUGGUGGGCACAAAAUGGAGAAAAGAAUAAGGUAAACGUAAAUUUCGUUUUCGGUUUCAUGGUGUCAGUGCCAAUUUUACAAUAGCGACAAAUUAGUGCAUUCUUUGUUUGUUUGGGUUCGGAUUACUUUGUUUGCUCCUUUUCACUUCGGUGCAAUUCAACGAAAAGUCAUGAGUUGAAAGUAUUAAAAAUAUUUGGAGUACUUUACUGCUCGCAUCCUGAGCGCUUGAGACAUCGAUACAAGGCCCGGGGGGGGGGUACUCCCAUACAUUACCUAUACGGGUAUGUGCCGCCCAAAGGGGUCGUGAUUUUGAAGCUCCUGGUUUAGAACGGGGUAUCCAUUUCAGACGCGGUUUCUAGAACGGGGUAUAAUAUUUCGAACGCACGAAAGCUCUCCACUUUUGUAAGUAGCCAUUUGAAAGCAUUCAAGGACAGAUUGCUUUUAAAAUACGGUUCAGUGCGUUAAGAAGCAAACCGUUGUACUCUUGUUGCACCCUAGAACGGAGUAUAAAAAAUCGGCCCAUUUCUAGAACGGGGUGUUAGUUUUAGGGCGAAUUCUAGAACGGGGUAUAAAAAAUUGUCCUAUUUCUAGAACGGGGUAUCAAUUUUAGGGGAAUUUUUUUUCUAGAACGGGGUGCCAAUUUGGAGUCCCAGGCGGCACAUACCCACCAAAAAAUACCCAAGUGCCCCCCGGGAUACAAGGUUGCAUUUACAGGAUAGGGCGCUUUAGGAAGAUCAAGUAACUAAAGUAAAAAUUCCAGGCAGUACUGAGAUAUGCGGGAGCUAGCUUAGUAAUUAUUUUCAACCGAUCUGUAUUUUGAAACUGAUUUAAUAGGUCUGAGUGGCCGAAUGUAUUUAUUGCAACCUAAUCUAAAACGACUUGUGAAUUUCAAACGAAAGAAGAUAUGGAAAGUGCCCUUUUGGUCGAGUAACGGGACGAGAAACCUGUUUUUUAAUGUUUGUUGACAAGCGCUGAUACUUCUUUGUAGUGAAUUUUACGCGUUAAUAUUACAAAGUUAACUGACUUGUCUCAUAGGAAGCUUACUGAGUUAGACCUUGAAACUUUACUUGGUAAAUCGUCAAGACCUAUAUUUUAGCUCUGCAAUGCUUAAACUUAAAAUUGUCAAAGGUAAAUUUAGUUUGAUAUUUUAACGCAAGUGAUUGUAACUAUAAUGUUAGAUGUUUGUUAUAAAUCCAGCGCCAUUUUGCACGUUGAUAUUGCUCAGACUUCCGAUUCCUUCGAAGGGAAGCGUUCCGAGUUCGACCUUGAAACUUUACUUGGUAAAUCUUUAAGACCUAUAUUUUAGCUCUGUAAUGCUUAAUUGUUAAAAACUGACAUACCAGGAACAUUUUUAUCCUGAUGAAUAUUAGCUACAUUUUGCCGCCAUCGAAAGCGAUCUCCGAAAAUGUUUUCUAAAUGGCAUGAAAAACCAUUGUACUAUCAUAUUUGAAAAGAUUAAAACAUUGGUAGUGUAGAAGAUUGAUUGCUUUGAAAUUAUUUUUAUUUUGAGGUCAACUGAUUUCAUUUUAAGACUUCGGCGGAGGUUUAUAAUUGCACCUUUUAAUCAACCAAAAAACCGCACUGUGACCGCAUUUUGACCGCACUUUUAAUUUUUCUCAAAUUUCCCAAAUAAACAAAAUCGUUGGAACUUUUGAAUAUGAUUUUUGAAAACAGUCUACCCAAGGCUACCUUUGGGCAAAAUAUCAGGGAUUCGCCAAAUGGGUCGCUGACCGCCGAUUCUCGAUCCUUACAGACAGCCACUCUUAACACCUUCAAAGGCGAGCUCUAUCCCUGCCUUGUAAAGGGGCUGUGUCACGGCAGUCUGGUCUAUUUGCUUAAUUUUUCUAAUUACUAGCCUAACGGUGGAUUUCCACCGGCGCGUAAUUUAUACGCGACAGCAGAAAUCUAGUGAUUGAUUAGGGAUAUACUUUUCUGCAGUUCAGUAAGUGGUUCAUAAAACCUCGCAAUCCCUCAAAGUAACGACUGUAGGGGGCCUUGGAAAUGUUUUAGUAUGGCUAGGCUAUCUGUCCUCCAAUAAUUGUCUUUGUUUUUAGCUGUAAGCAGGAUUUCUUAUUAGUUUAUUUAGCUUUAAGAAUACUCUUUUGUAUAAUAAUAUUUUAUAUAUUGCCAAAAUAUCUUCGGCACAGUUAACAGGACAAAAGUUGUUACUACGGAUGGUGAUCGACACUUGAAAAAAUUGGGCCAACUUUUUCACACGUUUUAAUGCUAUGCCUUCAGAAGUAAAAAGAAAAUAUUAUUAUGAUUAGCGCUCGUUGAUGAAGAUUGUUUGAUCUUCUUCAUAAGACUACAGGAGUAUUUUGUUUCAGUAUGACUUCAGCACAGAUUUGAGCUAAAAGAGAGCUACUUUAGUAGAAGUUAAUUUCGCGAUUUUGGUAAGACAGUAUUUCGCGGGGUUUUAUUUUCGCGAUUUCGCUAGGCAAUUAUGAAAAAAGACAUUAGAUUUUGCGAUUAAUGCGUUCUCAAACUGAUUUUAUUUUUCAAACGUCUGAACUUUUUAAAAUAUCGAGAUAAAAUGAAACAAGAAAAACGCAUAUUAACGUUAUUUUAAUUUACAACAGAAGGCACAGUCAAGGAAUGGAACUUACCAGUUAACCAGCUUAUAAUUUGUCGGUGUUUGAGUAUAUAUUGUAAUUGUUUUUCUUUCUGUGAUUUCAAUUUUCUGUAUGGGUAUUAAAUUUCGCUUGUUUAAAUCUCGCGGGGAUUUUUAUUCGCGGGUCUUUAAUUUCGCGAUUUUUCCACAAUCGCGAAAACCGCGAAAUUAAGUACCAAUAACUGAGGUAUAUACUCGUGACUUAAUCCCUUUAAUGUUGGUAAUUGAUUUAAUUGUAGGCGCCGGCGCAGCAAAGACAGCAAAGAGAUCCAGGUCUUUGAGAAAAGGCAAAAGGCCGUUAUCUUCAUGUGCUGUUCCCGCUCCAAAACAACCGAAACUGUUGAAAGAGGAAGGUAAAGUUCGUUUCUGGAUUAUUUAGAGUAAGGGUUGGUGUCGCAUUAUAUGUGUAUGAGAGAGUUUGGGAUGGUCUUGUGUCAUCGGUCUCGUGUCUCUAAAAUGCGGCUUCACAAGUUGUAUAGCUUACGAAAUAAGAGCGUGACAGUACUUCCCGUGAAAUAAAGCGUUUAUCUGGGUUACUUUCCUCUGCUGCACGGGGCAGUGGCUUUAUUAUUUAAGUCUCCCUUUCUAGUUGGAAAUCCUGAUGAAGCGAUAGUUUCGUAGCCUCGGUUACACUUAAAGAAAAUCUUUCUUGAGAUUCUCACGUCUGACACACUCUCCAAACUUCUAGCCUACUUUGUAACACGAUAUGCUUAGCGUAAGGUACAAGUAGAACGAGGCCACAUUUAGGCCUAGACUGCAUGGUUAUGCUUUUAUCACGUUACUUUCAGUGUAAGAAACUGACUAUUUAGCGCUAGCCUUUUGUCAGUGAGAUCAGCCUCCUACGGAGACCUUCUAAGGGGUUCGUGACGCCCUAGGAAAGUCUGCUUGGGAGCCUAGGCUGCUGAAAAUCGAACCACAUUCCUUACCCUUUGUAUUUGCAGUGUAAUGCACAAACCAAUCACUUGUCACAAGAUUGAGAGUGAUCUCAGUUCUGUUUUGGAUCGCAAAUGAUUUGUCCAUUAUUUUUUUUUAAGAAAUGAACCUUCAAAGUGAAUUGUUUUUACAGAGAGUAUAUGCCAGACAGUUUUCAUAAAAAUGUAAGCGUUGAUAGCAUUUUCUUUUUCGCAAAUGUUACCAUUGUCUCGGUGAAGCGUAUUCUGUCCAGAAGGUAUUUUAAUUUAUGUCAUCGAAAACAUUUACUUGUAUAGACAUUAACAUACUUAUCUGUAAGCAAAAUAAGGAUAAUUCACGGCGUUUCUGCUUACUGAGGAGAGAAAAGCAUGUCACAGUGAGAUUAAUCCGUUUGGAAUGUCAAGUCUUUACGUUUGUGUUUAUUGACAAAUAUUCCCUCACCUUUUUGUUUCCAGCAGGUUGGGACAACUCGAUUGUUGUUGAACUGCUCAAAGCUGAAUACAAAAGGCGCUGUCUGUUAAGACCACUUCUUUGGGAUAGCACUAUCGAGUUACCCCUUGAGAACGUUUACACGAGACUGAAAAUCAUUUCAAGAAGAAAGUUGGCCAUCCAGAUGGAAGCCAAUAUGGCGAAUAUGUUCCACGUCACAGCCCAUGAAAAAAGUGCGGAUGUCCUAACGCUAGCACAGGGAAGUCCAGACUUGAGGGUGGACGUGAAUGACGAGUUUAGUGUGUUCGAUUUCGUUAAAGCUCCUGAUAAAGUUGGCGAUGUCAUGAGGCUAGUAGAGGGACAAAAACCAGACUUAGUGAGUGGAAAUGACGAGGUGAACGUGACUGAAAUCUUCAAGACCCCUGAAAAAGGUGCGGAUGUCCUAACGCUAGCACAGGGAAGUCCAGACUUGAGGGUGGACGUGAAUAAUGAGUUUAAUGUGUUCGAUGUCUUCAAAGCUCCUGAUAAAGUUGAGGAUGUCAUGAGGCUAGUAGAGGGACAAAAACCAGACUUAGUGAGUGGAAAUGACGAGGUGAACGUGACUGAAAUCUUCAAGACCCUUGAAAAAGGUAAGGAUGUCAUGACGCUUGUCGAAGGAAGUCCAGGAAUCGGUAAAACAACGUUUUGCCUUAAACUUGCCUAUGACACUACACAUGAAAAAAUCCCAACAGAGUGUUCCUUUCCCAAGUUUGAAGUUGUGUUGCUCCUCAAAUGUCGAGACAUUGAUGGAAAUAUAAUGGAUACCAUAAGAGAACAACUUCUGCCCAGAGAUAUUGAGGAGAAGAUUGUAGAGAAAUUGUUGCACUUCUUGAAGGAUAUUCAUAACCAGGAGAGAAUUUUUAUCAUUUUGGAUGGUUUGGAUGAGCUGCCUGAAAAAUCACGGCACCAUGUAGAUGAGCUGCUUCACAGACGAAUUUUUCCAUUUUGCUAUGUCUUGGCUACGACACGACAAGAAAGAGGGAUUGAAGCACGAAAAACCUUUGUGUUUGACAUUCACUUAGAAAUCAAAGGGUACACGGAAAGUGAUUCUAUUGCGUAUGUCAGAAGACACUUUGAAACCAUUGGUCAGUCACCAAAGGGGGAGAGGCUCAUUGAGGAAAUGCAACAGAACACCUUUCUACAUGCACUUCGAAAUAACCCGCUAAAUUUACUUCUCCUUUGUGUUGUUUAUGAGGACUACGAGGGAAAAUUGCCGACUUCCCGGACGGAACUUUACCAAGUCAUUGUGCAAUGUCUUUUGAGACGAUACUGCGCCAAACGCAACCAACCGGCCCCUAGGAAUGACAUCGCCUUAGAGAGAAAAUUUGAAAAGGAAAUUCUUGCCCUUGGAGAGCUAGCUUGGUUAUGCCUGCUGAGUGAUCGUUAUGGUUUCCGCGAAUCUGAAUUGGAUGAGUUUGAAAGUAGAUACCCGGGAUUGGUAGCACGUGAACUAGGCCUUCUUUACAAGGAGGAAAGUUUAAAGAGAUUAAAGCCUGAACAUGAGUACUGCUUCCUUCACAAGACCUUCCAAGAGUACGUGGCUGCAGCGUAUAUCGCAGAGAAGUUAGUAAAUGAACAGUUUAAUGUAUUUGAUCACUUUCUCUUUGCCGAGUUGGUAACGAAAUACCCACAAGUGUUUAUCUUUGUUUCUGGUAUGCUGGGCGAGAAAGCAACUGUCCUUUUCACCCAGAUUGGCGAGGAGUUAAAGACAGAUGACUGGGACUGGAACGAGCAUUGCAGUAAGGAGGAAGCUACUUUCUUUAUUGAAAGCUUUAAUGAAAGUGGACAUCCUGAACAAAUGGCAGCUACUUUAUGUAAAAUUAAACCUUUUCCAAAGGUCAUAACCAUUGAGUCAUAUGAAGGUCACAAUCCUUUUUUUCUUGAGGUUUUAAUGGCUUGUAAGAGCUUUUCAAAUCUACAGACCCCUGUUAAACUCUAUGCUGAUACAUACCUUUUGGAGGAAGGAGUGAAUUGCGUAUUGAAUUAUAUAGAAUCCUGCCCGCAGCUGACAAUCGUAAGUGUUGUUAAUGAUGAGGAAUCUUUGACGUCAUCCGAUACAGAUCGUCUUUGCAAAUGGCUUUCUGCGACCAAGAGUCUAUCAGAGUUUACUCUUAAAUUCAGAGAUCUUGCCAUCCCUGAGAAAAGUGACCUGCUGGUUCAAAUUGUACACGGGUUGGCUUCUUGUCGAACUCUGACAAAAGCAACGUUUUCUUUGUUUGGACAUGCUUAUAGCGAGGGUUUUUUUAAUGCCCUUGAAAGUGGAUUGGGACCGCUGACGUCUGUUGAUCUCGAGGUACGUGGCUCAAUGAAGUACACUACGACACGAGCCUUACAAAAUUUUUUGUCAAGUAAAUCCUUGAAUUCUGUUUCUCUUUGUAUUGUUGGAGGCAUGCAGGAUGUGUUAGUAGCUGCUGUUAGUGAAGCACUGGCAAGACAAACAGUUUUAAAAUCUCUUGAUCUUCAUUUUGGUGGACCGCUGAGUUCCUCUAGUGCCAGUUUCCUGGAAAAAGGGCUUAUGGAAAAUAGUUCUUUGAUUAAUAUAAGACUGUGUGUCCACUGUGAGCUCCCUGGUAACUGGCAUUCUGUACUGGAAAAUCUUCGCUUGGCGAAAAAAUCCCCCGUUUGCUGUUGUAUUUAUCCAAACACCUUUAACAACGUAGCAAAUAAUUAUUUUCAUCCUGUUCUGGUUAGGAAAGGGUUAAAUGUAAAGCAACACUUAACUGUUAACGUCUGGGGUGAGAUGAAAUGCGAAGCGGCAGAAGCUCUCUGUGAAGUCUUGGCACCUUCCUCCAUUACUGUUCUCACCUUAAACGUGCAUGGAAAAUUGACGAGCGAAGUUUCUAGUUCCAUUGCAAGAUGUCUGGAGGAAAACAAGACACUAUCUUCCCUUUCCAUCAAUAUAUGGGGCGAGUUGACAACAGACGGAGGUAAUGUUCCUUCCAGCCUUUCAAAAAACAGUCGCGUUCAGUUGAAUAUACAUGAUGUGCGUAUAGGCCCAGAGGAGUCGAACGAUGUUCUUGUUACCACUACCGAUAAUCCUACGGCAUUGACAGUCUUUUGUACUAACGUCAAGGAGAGAAGAAAACAAAACGUCCGUCUUACAAUCAAUAACGAUAGUAACGUUACCAAGGAGUGGACACGUUGUCUAGGUGAUGCUUUGGCAGAAAAUCCAUCUCUGACCUCGCUUGAUCUUACAGUCAACAGCUGCGUCGUGGAUGCAGAUUUGGGAGAAAACCUCGGGAAUAGUUUAUUGCAAAGCAGUUCUUUAACAUCUCUUAGUCUCACAUUAAACUUCAGUAACAUGAAAGAAGGAUGGGAAUCCAAACUGGGUGAGCGUUUGAUCAAAAUGGCAUCUUUAACUACACUCAGUCUUAAACUAAACGGCGACGGCGAGUGUAAUCGGAAGGAUAGUUUGAUUCCUACACUCAGCAGCCUUAACUAUGUUGAGGAGAAUCAGGGGAAUUGUUUGAGUCCGACUAAACUGAGUAACGUGCUAGCGGCAAUCAAAUCAUUAUCUUCCCUUACUGUUGCAGUCCAUAGUGAUAGUAUGUAUUCAUUUUGGGAUAAGGUUGUAGGUGACUGUUUGAUAAAAUGCACGUCACUUAAGGAACUUAGUCUCACAUUUAACGUGGGUGAAUCAGACUUUCAUUGCGUUUUUAGUGGCCUUUGUGACGGCUUGAAGACAACAAGGUCAUUAGAUACAUUAUGUGUCGCAAUUUUUAUUAACGACCCCAAUGAUAGGGUUUUUUUAAGUGUGUCGCAUAUUCUUAAUCAAGGUCUGUCAUUAAACUCGUCAGUAACUACACUGACACUAACAAUAACUGCGGCGGCAGAUGAAACAGGUUAUAUUAAUCAGCUGAUCAAUUUAGAUUAUGGACUGUCAGUGAACACGACAAUAACUACGUUAAAUGUCACAAUAAAUGAGUGUGGUGAUGGAAAAUCAGAUAUACCCCUGUUUCUUCUCGACUUUGGAGUGUUUCGAGGUUUGGCAAAUAACACAUCAGUUACCACAUUCAAUCUGACACUCAACAGUAGCAGAGAAGUGAGUGAUGACUGGUUACCAGUCCUUUCCGACACCUUGAUGAAAAACACCGCAUUAACUACUCUGAGAUUAAAGGUCAGCAACCAUUGUGCUACAGGUAAAAGUCGUCUAUAUGACUUCAGCAAACUUUUAAUAGAAAGCAGAUCAUUAUCCCUAAUUGAACUCGAUGUAAGUUUCUAUGGAAAAGAGAGUGGGUGUCAUAAGGUUUUAAUUCAAUAA